AUGCUCCUGCAGUACCCGGAAGAGACCCUCUCCCUGAAGUCUGUGCAGGAGCUGCCAGCAGACAUGAGCGGCAGCUAUCAGCUCACCAAUGUCGAAGCACAGAGGGUCAUGGCGGUGCUGGACGAGCUCAUCGAGGACCUCGACUUCGCCUUCUGCCUGAACCCGCAAACUCUGAGCGAGAUCCAAGACGUCUCCCAGCUCGUCGGACACGAGAACGAGCGAUCCUUCUCGAUGCAGCUCGAGCUGGAGAAGAGGUUUCGAGAGCUGGUGCAGAACAUGGAGAAGCCUGUCUCGGAGUUUGUUUCGGACCCCGACCAGGCGCAGCAGGACGAAGCAGUGCAGGAGUUCUUCGACGUUGCAAGGAGGCUGAGGAAGAACACGAGGGAGAUUUGUAGGUUUUUGCGGAAGAACCCUAGCCUGCGGACAAAGUUGCGAGGUUUACACCAGGAGUCAUCGCCAUAUGUGGACAAGUUCAUCAGGGUGAUGAAAGGGCUUCGUGAACAGACGCUGAGGAGCUUGAGCACGAGCGUCGAAGAGGACAAGGCAGAGAAAGAAAAUUUCGAGAACGUCUCAGUCCGCGAGAAGACUCUAGCCGAGCAGGAGAGGAUGCUCACGAAGGACCUGGCGACGGUCAAACGGGACAGGGAGAAGGCGGUGAGGGCCCGAGACAAUCAGAUCGCGACGCUGGAGGCAGAGAAGGAGGAGCUGCAGGAGAUGACAGCGAAAGCGGGGAAGGCGGUAGGGGAAGGGAACAGUGCGGCAGACCGGCAAGCUCAUGCCAAGGAAGUGGAGGCUCUGACGGCGAAACUCAAAGAAGUGACGACGGAGCUUGAGAAGAUCAAGCAGGAGAACUUGGAGAAGGAGGAGAGCAUGAAGAAGAGGUCGUACAAGAAGGAGACGGACGUGGAAGCUUGGAUCUUGAAAUACGACCAGGAGAUGGAGACGUUGAACGAGGAGAUGACGGCGCUGCGAGAGCAGUACUCGGCCGAGAAGGCGAGGAUGCGGCGCCUGGAGAAUCAUUUCGAGGCCUUCAGGCUCAUCGAAGGUGCCCAGUAUGCUAUGGAAGUCAUGCAGUCGGCGAAUGAGCUUGAAAAAGCAGCCAAGGCCAAGAGGCUCAACGACGCGGCGCUGCUGAUCCAGAACUGCCUGCGGGGGCACAAGGGGAGGGAGGUGUUUCUCAAGACGAAGAAGAAGGGGGGCAAGAAGGGAGGCGGCAAGAAGAAGAAGUAA